GGAAAUUCAUUCGGCUCAGUCAGCUCGGCGCGCGCGCUCCGUACGUACACGCAGUCCAGUGAGGCUCGGUUCGAAGCGCCGUUUGGCACUUUGUCAUUCGAGUUUACUUCUCAUUCUUUCGCCGUGAGAUUCUUGUUAACGUACUUCUCUCGAAUUGAUAAGUUCCUGCUCGAUUUUGCAAAAUGGGGAGAAUCGCAGCUACGAUCGGCAGGCAGUCCAAGCAGCUCCGAAAAUUCUGCAGCUCGAGCAAACGCGAGGCUGCGACCUUUCCCAACUGCAACUACACACCGUCUCAGUACAAGGGAUGCAGCUACGAGAAGAUAAUGAAGUCCAGGCAGGACUGUGUAAUGCUGAGCCAGAAACCCUUCUAUCAGAAACCCCUUUUGCUGCACGAAGGUCGAGCCCAAUGGCUCUGGGAUCACGAGGGUCGGAGGUACCUGGACAUGUUCGGUGGUAUCGCUACGGUUUCCGUUGGACACUGCCACCCACGAGUGGUAAGUGCAAUGUCAGAACAGUCUUACAAGUUGGGCCACACGACGGCUAUCUACCUUCAUCCCCGAUACCACGAGUACGUGGCUAAAUUGACAUCGACGCUACCCGAGAGCCUGAGCUGCGUCUAUCUGACCAACAGCGGUUCCGAAGCUACCGAACUGGCCAUUCACCUGGCAAGACUAACCACUGGACGAAACGAAAUCGUUUCGUUGAAAAACUGUUAUCACGGCGGUACCGCCGUUGCAGCCGCUGCCACUGGCAUGGCCUGUUAUAAGUACCCCACGGUCACCCCACCUGGACACAUUCACGUAACGAAUCCAGACGUCUACCUCGGCGCCUGGGGCGGUUCCAACUGCCGCGACAGUCCGAUCCAAACGACCCGGAAGUGUUCUUGUUCACCAUCUCACUGCCAAGCGGAGGACCACUACAUCAAGGACUUCAAGGACACCUACAAAGCGGUCAUCCCAGCGGAUGGUCGCAUCGCUGCCUUCACCGCCGAGAGUAUCCAGGGCGUCGGUGGUACCGUCCAGUUUCCUCGUAACUACCUCAAACGCGUGUACGAGCACGUCCGCAGCCUCGGUGGUCUCUGCAUCGCCGACGAGGUACAAACCGGUUUCGCCAGAACUGGAGAACACUUCUGGGGUUUUCAAGGUCACGGCGUCGUUCCCGACAUCGUCGUCAUGGCCAAAGGCAUCGGCAACGGUUUUCCACUCGGCGCCGUGGUCACGAAGCCACAGGUAGCUCAGGCUCUCGCUAAGGCCAUGUAUUUCAACACGUACGGCGGCAAUCCGAUCGCCUGCGUCGUGGGAUCGGCGGUGCUCGAUGUGAUCAAGGAGGAGAACCUCCAGGAGAACGCACUGACGGUCGGCACUCGAAUGCUGCACGGUUUGGCCGAACUGAUGAAGGAAUUUCCCGACGUCGUUGGCGAUGUCCGAGGCAAAGGUCUGAUGAUCGGAGUCGAGCUCGUUGCCGACCCUGAGACGAGGGAACCGUUACCGGUUGAUCAGGUCUGCCAGAUCUUCGAGGAUAUUAAGGACGCUGGUGUCCUCAUCGGCAAGGGUGGCGUCAAGGGAAACGUAUUCAGACUAAAGCCGCCACUUUGCGUUACCAAGGAGGACGCAGACUACACCGUUGAGGCUAUGAGAUUGGCACUGAAGAAGCAUCAGGCCAGUCGAAAAUGCUAAAGAGGCUGGCCAUGUGAUUUUCAUAUAUAUACAAAAAAAAGUGAGCGAAUAAACCGUUGAUUUGUUUUUUUAACAAAUUUAUUGCCGUACAAUUAUUAUUAGAUUCUUUCAUCUCGACAUUAUUUUACAAUAGUCUAUCGUUACAAAUAGUUUCAUUUCUGUGUUAAUUUUACACCUGUUUAUAGAUAUAUAUUAUAAUUACACGCAUUUCUCUCUUUCUCAUUCUCUUUCGAUUGUUGGAUCAACCAGCUCUUCCGAAACGAUAUAAUAUAUAUAUGUAUAGAGAGCACACAAUCCAAGACGUAUAUCACAAAUUAAAGCGUUUUUUUACACAGUAUAGGGGGGGGGGGGGGGAGGCUAUCGUCAACAGAGUUACGUAUUGUUAUAAUAUCAGCGAUGAAUAAUAAAUACACGUAUAUGUAGUAUAUAGGAAAUUAUUCGCGACAGAACAACGUUCAGAGGCGGAAAAGUAUAAUGUGUAUUAUGGAAGACAAAUAAGAACAUUAAUAU